AUGGGUAAGGGUUUCUUCAAACCGAGAUCCCCCUCUUCGCUCCAAGCUACUCUAAAAAAAAAACGGUUCACACAACAGUCCAUCAAUCAGCUCAGUAGCAGACAAUUCCCCUCCUCUCGUCGCCCAUGCACCUCUCGGUCUCGCGUGCCUUGUCCUCUGAGGCCAGUCUUGAUCUCUUCCAACUCCUGCCUCCCACCUUCCAUCAACCUCGACCUCCAGCCAUCAGCUUCGUCCAUCGACUACCCAACCGCCUCGAAACCAACCACCCCUGCAUCGGCCACCAUCCCCGCCCAAGCUCCCCCGAUGUCACAAACUCGCCUCCAGAUCCAGAGCAUCGCCACAGCUGCAAUGUCCGUUCUCCUGGUCGGAAUGCUUCAGCAUUUCGACUAG